AUGAACUCCGACCAGAUAGAAGUUCUCGCCCCUCUGGCGACCCCAUUGCCGGACCCUCCGGUUGGUGAAGCCUUCACCCCAGAGCAAUGGACAAUCUUGCUGGCCAUCAUGGACGCGGUAAUUCCGUCGGUCCGGAGAGAAACGGACGCGGGUGACAAGAUCUCACAAUAUACCCUAACGGAUGCGGAAUAUAACAAAACUGUGGACCACUUGAAGAGAACGGUGGUCGAUACUCCUGAUAGUCAGUCUCUAGAGGAAUAUUUCCUAGAGAGGCCAUCAGAGAACCCUAGGUUCCAGGACUUGUUGAAACGAAUUCUGGUCGUCUACUCUCGAGACGAUGUUAGGAAGGGUCUGGCAUUUGUGUUAUCGGCGCUGAACACCCGCGUCGGAUCACUGAUGCUGACUGGAUAUAACACACCCUUUCACAAACAGCCAAUUAGGAUCCGGCAGUCUAUUCUUGAAAAAUGGCGCCUAUCAUACCUCCCACCUCUGAACGCCCUCCAUAAACAGAUGACAUUGGUAGCCAAAAAUCUAUGGGUGAAGACCAGCCCUACUCUUAACCGAGUCGCCGGGUUUCCAGAAGUUCCUCUCCAUUACAAGCCAGGGCCACAUUUUGAAUACGAUUUUCUUCAAUUCCCAGCGGGGCAGGAAGCUGCGGUUAUCGAAACGGAUGUAGUGAUUGUAGGCUCUGGAUGCGGUGGUGGUGUGUGCGCCAAGAACCUGGCGGAGGCUGGCCACCGGGUUUUGGUCGUGGACAAAGCUUACUACUAUCCUCCAUCAUCACUACCAAUGUCCGAAGCUGAGGGUGGCAUCCAUCUAUAUGACAAUGCAGGAGUAACGGUAAGUGAUGACGGCUCUAUCUCUAUCACUGCGGGCAGCAGCUGGGGAGGAGGGGGGACUAUCAACUGGUCGGCUUCUUUGCAACCGCAGAAUUUUGUGCGCAAAGAAUGGGCCCAGGACAGAGGUCUUACAUUCUUUGAAACGUCUGAGUUCCAGAACUGCCUUGAUCGCGUCUGUGACCGUAUGGGUGUUUCUACAGAUCACAUCCGCCAUAACCAUGGCAACGAGAAGUUGCUGGAAGGUGCGAGGAGGCUAGGAUAUCAUGCCAAAGCGGUCCCUCAGAAUACCGGAGGAAAUGAACAUUACUGUGGCUACUGUGCAAUGGGUUGCUGGUCAGCCCAAAAGCAGGGCCCUGCUGUUUCCUGGCUACCUGAUGCAGCUAGGGCUGGAGCGCAGUUUAUUGAAGGCUUCCAAGUAGACCGCGUUCUGUUCGACGAAUCGGGUGGUACAAAGAAGGCUAUCGGAGUCAAGGGUACAUGGACAUCGAGAAAUAGCCGUGGAGGCGUUGAUGGACCAUUAUCUGAGCGCACUGUCCGAAAAGUAACCAUCAAGGCCACGAGGGUUAUCGUUUCUGGCGGGACCCUGUGGAGCCCCAUCAUCUUGUUGAAGAGUGGUCUCAAGAACCGGCACAUUGGACGUAAUCUCUACCUCCAUCCAGUCAAUGUCGUGGCCGGAGUGUACAAAGAAGAUGUGAGGCCCUGGGAAGGCGGGAUUCUUACGUCAGUCUGCACCUCAUUCGAGAACCUCGAUGGACAUGGCCAUGGGGUCAAGCUGGAAGCCCUGGCUAUGCUGCCCGCUAUCUCUCUAAGCCUUAUGUACUGGAACGCCGGCCUCUCUUUCAAAACGCAGGCCCUGAAAUACAGGCACAGCAACGGUUUCAUCUCCCUCGUGCGUGACCGAGACACCGGCCGUAUCUACCCUGAUGCCACCACCGGUGUACCAAGAAUCGAAUACUCACCCAGCGCUUUCGACAGAGCACACCUCAUGGAAGGCGUCAUUGCUCUUGCGAAAAUCUGCUACGUGACCGGGGCAAUGGAGAUCCAUGUCUCGUUCUCCGGAUUAAAACCCUUCAUACGCAAUCCAGAUCCUGAAGAUCUGGAAACUCCCUCCGCCUCUCCCGCCGACGACAUCGACCCCGGGAUCACUGACCCGCGCUUCGCCGCCUGGCUCACGGAGCUGAAACGUGUAGGCAACAAGCCACUGGGCGGUACCUACGCCACUGCCCACCAAAUGGGAACGAACCGCAUGAGUGUACGUGCGCGCGACGGGGUCGUGGAUCCGAAAGGCCGGGUCUGGGGAACUGAGGGUCUGUAUGUUGCUGACGCGAGUGUGUUCCCGAGCGCGAGCGGUGUCAAUCCGAUGAUUACGAAUAUGGCAAUAAGUGAUUGGAUUUCGAGGGGUAUAAGUAAGGAGCUGAAAGGUUUGGGGGCCAAGAGGGCUAGGCUUUAG